CUAUUCGAGAGACUAGUCCCCUAAUCUCGUCAGAUCUGGAGCCAAUAGCACCCUUCCAUGUUCAUAAGUUGACACCAGCCAUUCUAGACUGCCGCUGGUAGCGAGGCAGCGUAGCAGUGCGAGUGGUUUAAAAGCUUGGGCGAAGCAAAGGACGCUGAGUGAGGUGGGGAUAGAUGCGCAAAACAUGCGGCGAUCAGUUCUACAGAUUCAGCUUCCCGUCAGACGACCCAGUCUUUUGUUGUGGGGGUGGCAUGCGAUGCAUCGGCGCGCAUACGGGAGGCCGUAUAGGUAUAUAUUUGAGUAAACAUUUUGUCGAUCCCGCGCUGUUUUCUCCCAGCCCCUGACCUGUUCUUCUCCUUGUGUGCGUCUGCCAUCCUUAACAACUACCCCCUCUCGACCCCCUGAAAUCGUGACAGCGAGUAGGUCGAGGUGCUGUAGCUUGUUACUAUAGCUUUGUACGAUACAGACACAUCUCGUUGCAGCCUCGAAUUCAGCUGCCAUGGCCCAUUCAAUCAACGGGUCAUCGCCCUCAAGCCACGGCGAAGAUCCGGAGAAGAACGCUGCCGCCGUCAGCGAUAAUGGAGCUCACGAAAUCACUGACGAUGCUGAUCCGAGAGAGCAUACGCAAGAAGGUGUGAAGCAGGUCGAGGCUAUCACCACAGUAUUCGACAAGAAGCUGUUGAUUAUCAUGUUCAUCUUGCUUUAUCUUGUAUCGUUCAUCGACGCUCUUGCGCAAUCAGUCGGUGACAGUCUUACGCCCUAUGUUACGUCGUCUUUCGGCCAGCAUGGUCUCCUCACCACCGCCAGCUUGAUCGCGCGAAUCAUAGGUGGAGUUAUUAGCCUCACUAUUGCUAAGAUUAUCGACAUCUGGGGCCGAUGCGAAGGCUUUGUAGUUAUGGUCAUUAUUACUAUCAUUGGCGAGAUUUUAAAGGCAGUCUCUCAUGAUGUCGAGACAUACGCUGCCGCCACGACACUCUAUUGGGUCGGCCAUAUAGGCAUGAAUUACGUGAUUACGAUCAUGUUAGCGGAUAUGACCACCUUGAAGAACCGACUCAUCAUCUUCGGCAUUCAAGGCACUCCCGGUAUUGCGACAGUGUUUGCCGGUUCCAGAAUCGCGGACCUUUUCUAUCACCAAUCGAACUUUCGAUGGGCUUUUGGUGCCUUCGCAAUUCUGCUUGCCGCCUUCGCUAUUCCUGUUUGUCUUGUCUUUGUAUGGGCUCAGCGGAAGGCCUCAAAGCAAGGUCUAAUCCAGCCACGGGACAGCGGCCGUACUGUCUGGCAGGCUGUUAAAUACUACUUCGUCGAGUUUGAUGUCGUUGGAAUGUUCUUGACUGUAUUCGGAUUUGUCCUACUCCUGUUGCCAUUCAGUCUUACGGGCUACGCACCAUAUGGUUGGAGGACUCCAUACAUUAUCGCCAUGUUCAUCGUAGGCGGUGUUCUUCUGGCAGCAUUUGUGCUCUGGGAGAGAUUUUUCGCUCCAGUACAGUACUUCCCGUUCAAGUACUUGAAAGAUAGAACUAUCUUGGCAGCAUGUGGACUCUACGGAGUAAUGUUUCUUUCAAUUUUCUGCUGGGAUGCCUAUUAUGGAUCUUACCUUCAGGUUGUCCAUGGUCUGAGUAUUACCACUUCCAACUACGUAUUAAACGGCCUGUCCCUUGCGUCAAUGUUCAUUGGCCCGUUUGUUGGACUGUUCAUCUCCAAGACUGGAGCGGUCAAGUGGGCUGCGAUUAUCGGCAUUCCGUUUGUCGUAUUAGGUACGGUUCUGUUGGUUGAAUACAGAAAACCCAGUACUCCCGUAGGGCUGCUGGUUCUGUUCCAGAUUCUUAAUGGUCUUGGAGAUGGUAUCUGGACCCCUGUUGCACAGCUGGCUGUGAUGGCUCAGGUGCCACAUCAACAAGUCGCCGUCGGGCUGGCCUUAUUCGGUCUCUUUGGCUCUAUUGGUUCUGCCAUCGGUAAUGCCAUUGCUGGCGCUCUAUGGAACAACGUUUUGCCACAAAAGUUGGAAGAAUUCCUCCCAGAUGAUGUCAAGAACCGAACCGCCGAGAUCUUCGGCUCUAUCGUCGUCCAGCAGUCAUUCCCCUUCGGCACUCCCGAACGCGACGCUAUCGUUGCCGCCUACGGCGAUGUGCAGCGAAAAUUAGUCAUUGCAGGUUCCGCUUUCCUGCCACUUGCUAUUGUGUUCAUUUUCGUGUGGAAGAAUAUCAAUGUGAAGAAGCUCGAGUCAUCCCAUGGGACUCAAGCUAAAGGCACUAUAUUCUAAGAUAACUGCUCCUUAUGAGAUGGGUUCUUUAUAAACCUAUGAUUUCGUCACUUGUCUUACACAAGCGUACUCACAAUUAAGCCCUAAGAUUGAGCCUGAAUACCACAGAUAAAAACUAUAGCUAUAUAGAAGCAUGUCUAUCACUAAUGUGAUAGACAUACCCAUAAUUAUUAUUGGAAUCUUUAUCACCAA